CCAAGUCCGAGGCGAGGACAAUAAGCCGCGUCUGAAUAAUCCAUGGCCAUGAGAAAUGGCGUGGCUGUGGUAUCAUGAGUCUGGUUGAUUGACAAUCCGUGGUCCCGUCGCCAAGUAUAUAUACACCUCCAGACGACCACUUCAGAGGCAACUGGAAUCAACGUCCAGUCCACUCUGACCUUGAUCAUUCAACCUGCACCACCCAUCCAGAACACCAGAGAUCAACCUCCAUUACACCCCUUUCAACACCAUGUCCAUCAAAAACGUUGCACUGACCGGUGCCUCGGGCAGUCUUGGCGUCGUAGUCUUCAAACGCCUCGCUGCGGCCAGCGACCUCAACCUCAAGAUCCUCCGCCGCCACGGAUCCAAGUCAACCUUCCCUGCCAAUGUUCAGGUCGUGGACGUCGACUUUGACAGCGUCGAGAGCCUCACAGCAGCCCUGGCCGGUCAGGACGCCCUCGUGUCCACCAUCUCCUCGGAGCACAUUGCCGCCCAGAAGAACCUCGUCGACGCUGCGCUCUCCGCGGGCGUCAAGCGCUUCAUCCCCUCCGACUUUGGCUCCGACAUGGCCAACGAGCACAAUCAGCGCCUGCCCGUCUUCCAGCCCAAGGCGGAAAUCAGGAGCAGCCUGAUCGAAAAGGCCAAGUCGACAGAGACGACCUACACAUUUGUUUACAAUGGCGCGUUCCUGGACUGGGGCAUUGAGCGCAGUUUCCUCAUCAACCCUUCCGGCGACAAGACGCGGGUCGUCGAGGGCGGCGACAUUCCCUUCUCCACGACGACCUUGGCAUCCGUGGCCGAUGCUGUCUACGGUGUCCUGAAGCACCCCGAGGAGACCAAGAACCGCGCCGUGUACAUUGAGGACGCGAAAGUCACCCAGAACCAGCUCCUCCGGCUCGCAAAGCAGGCGGCCCCUAGCAAGUCCUGGGACGUGGAGCACGUCACCUUGGAUGAGAUCACAGGGGCAGCUGACAAGAGGCUGGCCCAGGGGCUGUUGGAUUUCCACACCUUUGUGCCGUAUAUCUACCGCGCCAUCUUUGGGGCGGAGAAUCACGGCAGCUUUGAGAGGAAUGACAAUGAGCUGCUGGGUCUCAAGGGUAAGACGGACGAGGAAGUCGCUGAGGUGGUGAAGCAAUAUGUCAAGUAGGAUCUAGAUGAAUAGCCUCCAGAUCUAAUUGAAUGUCUUGGACAUGGGAUAGGUGUCCGAUGCUGUGGGUCUCAUCCUCUACGUCAAAAUACGGAAUUGAUUGGAAAAUAUAUCCCACCGGC